AUGGGUAAAAAUGAGGGUUGUUUAAGACAUAUUUUAAAUAAUUCCUCUGAUCUUGAUUGUCAAACAAAUGAACUGAAAAUUAUUGAAAUAUUAGAAGAAAAUGAAGCUUGUAAAAUAAAUUCAAUUCAAGUUGGUUCUACAAAUACUUCACAUAUCAGGAUUAUUAGAAUAUAUGAAUUCUGUGGAUCAUCGUGA